AUGUUCCGCAAAAAGAGGAGCGCCUCACAACAUCAUCAUCAGCAUCAGCUCUCGACUUCUAACACGCAAUCCGCGCAAUCCGCCGCGACUCGUGCCUUUAUCCAGUCGCAGCCAUCGUCUAGUAAUCUUUCCUCCGCCGCCGCCGCCGCCGCUCUCCGCAGCCUGACACCAACACCAACCCCUAUUGAAAAUGUCCAGACAAAGCGGAUGCUGCAGCGGCAGUCGUCCUUUUCCUCACAACCGGCCAGCUCACCCACUCUGCGCCCGUCUAGUCGGAAUGGACUCCGACGGGUUAAUAGUUCGGCCUCUAUGAGCGCUCGGACAUUCCGGGAGCAGUCGCCUGGUCGGCCAACCUCGAGCUACUCGACGAUGUCAACCCCGGCUGUUGUGCCACCACUGCCAUCGAUCCCGGCAGAAUAUGCUGCGCGGAAAAACCAGAGUCGGCGUUCUGUCAGCCUAGGGCCCAAUGUGUGGUCGUCGGCUUCUCGUACGCAACCUACCGAGGCGCCGAUAAGCGUCAAACCGCCGGUCGUUGCGCCUCAGAGCCCGCGCAGCAUCGCUAGCCCCGAAGCCGGAGCGGUCUCCCCGCCACAUCAGAGGUCGGAAAGCCGGAAUUCGAUCAAUUUUUCUUAUCCAAUGAAUUCCCGGACAAACUCGCCCACGAUUCCCGCUGGAUUUGAUCGUAAUGACGCAGCUUCCGGCGCCGCAGCUUCACUCAACAAGCGGUCCAUUCCUCAAACUAACAAAGCUACCCGCCAGCAGACGCAAGGUGCUGGACCGGGAAGUCCGGGGAGAAGUUCUCGUCCUGUAGCGACUGCACUUGCAGCUGCUCAGGCUGCAGCUGUAACUCGGAAUGAUGAGCCAAAUACCCCUCCAGCCUCUUCUCGUCCGGCACGUCAUCGUGAAAAGCGAGGCCCCGAACCAUCGCCGAGCCGAAGCCCAGCGUCGGUGGAUGUUAGAUCGUGCCCGCAAGCUAAGAAGCCACCGGCGCCAACAGCGCCAUCAGUAUCAGCAACACAUCCAACACCUUCAGCGCCUCCAGUGCCAGCAGACGACCGUCCGAUUAAGGAACUUCCUCAGCCAGCCCCUGCAAAUGAGCAAGAAAAGGAGAACCAACCGUUGGCCAAGGCGGUGCCUUUAGAGGAACCUCCAAGGGCUCUAACACCGCCAGUCGUUGGAAAGAUGGUACGGACGCCGCCUGUUAGUCCACCGCAGGUCAAACCAGCCGUGGCAUCAGACAGCGAACUUCAGCCCCCUCACUUGCGUCAGUCAAGUAGUCCUGCGAGGACGGCCCAUUUCCCUACCCAACUCGCUGUAUCGAAUCUCGGCGCCGACCAGCUACACCAACCGCCUCCUCGGUCCCUCUCUCCGGCCAAGUCUGCUAUGAAGAAUAGAAAUAACUCUUUAUCUCCCGACGGCAGGCUUUCUGGAAUUCUACGUCCCGGCCCCACGCUUAGCGAACUUUCAGAUGCGACAUCCGUGGCGUCUGAUGAUGGCACAAGGCCAAAUCAUCGAAAGAAACCCGUCAAAGUUAGCUUUGACGAUGAGGCAGAAGUUGUAGGAGUGGCUGCAAGCCCACCGACGUCACCGGAAGAUGUCAUACCCGAAUCGCCUCCAGGGAAGUCGAAAUCGAAAAACAGCUGGUUUAAUAUCCACAAACGGAAAACUUCUCCUUUGCGAUCUACGGACGGGGAUGAGUUCGACGGAGUGUUAGCACCCCGUGCGGCUCUUCCCUCAUUCGGGAGUGUUCGAGCGAAUAAGGACAGCUCGCGGUCAGAAUCAACAGCCCACCGCGAAGUAAAUGACAAUGAUUCGGUUCUAACAGAAUCGGACGAUGAUUUUCCAAAUGGACACGCCAUAAACAGCAUUAUCUCUCGCGCUUCAGAUGGCAACAUGGAAAAGCAGGUACAAUCUAAUAAUGCACUGCCUGCAGAGUCCACCGAGAACGCUGCAAGGGGUGAUGCAGAGAGUUGGAAAGAGACUAUCCCAAUUGGUGAUACCGAUUUUGACCCGGCAUAUUUCCCGAAGACGCAGCUUUCGCCCUUGCGUGAGGUCCCAUCUGACCAGAAUCUCCCCCUGACUCCGAAAUCUGAGAUCGAAAUGCCUGAUAUUACAUUUCAACCGGCGACUCCUGAUCCUGAAAGGGGAAGAGCAAGCCUUGACGAAUACGAUAGCCCAGAAGAAUACCCGCGGAAGUCCGUGGAUGAGAAACCGGACGUGUCAAGCCAAAAGAAGGAGAAGAGGAUAUCUUAUGGAGACAAAUCUGUUAACCAGGCGGAUAAUGAUAAUGACUCCAGUUCGAGUGUGUAUAGUGAUGCAGAGGAGGAUCUGGAUGAUGGCGAUGGGUUCGGUUCCAUCAACGCUAUUGUUGAGCACGAAGCAGCACCUUCUGAACCUGGUGUUGCGAUCACCUCGACGUCGCAAGAUGUAACCCAGGAGGCUGAUCGCGACCUAAAUACGGCCGACAUCCCGGAGACCUGCCGGAUUGCACAAGUCGGGACCUCUGCACAAGAAUCUUCACAGCCCGCCGCUGGUUCCCCCGCUCUAAUGGAGCCACUUCCGGCCUCUUCGGCGAUUUCAUCGUCUACUCUACAGCGCGAAGAUGAGCCAACAUCCGUCCAAGGAGGCGUCGCGCGCUCGUCAAAUGUGCCGGUCGAAGUAUAUUCCAUUGCCCAUGUUCGCGACGAUGACCCGAAAGAGGUGGAUACCCGCUAUAACCAUGCCGAAUCUGACGCUCCUAAUGAGCAACGAAUGCAAAACCACAGCCAGUACCAUACUGAAAUUCCGACACCGACCCAGCGGAAAGAAGUCAGGAGCCCGGAUGCUGUUGAGUUGGAUGUGAACGGGGCGGAUUCCCGCAUGCCUCGACGUCAGCUAUCGAACGGAAGUGACUCAUCGAGUAGUUUCAAACGAGCCCGCCGGGCUAGUCGAGGAGGGGUGGGCAUGCGACAGACCCUACGGGGGAGCCAACAAAGCAGCUCUGUUCCAACAUCUCCUACCAGAGUAACUGCACCCCGUGUUGAAUCACCACCGCCCCUCUCCGGCUUGGGAGCUGGUAGUACUAUGCGUACAACUCUACGUGGUAAUGCAUCGCGGAAGGAGAAGCCGUCAUUCUUUUCUGCGGGCAAGGCGCAGAAAGGAAAAGCUACGAAGAACUCUGGUGCAGCGUUUGCUUCCCGGUUUCCCGACUCAGAUUCGGACUCGGAUGGUGGCAUUCAGAAUCGCAGAUUAAAGCGACCGGGACAUCGUCCAGUCAGAAGCAUGAGUGAUAAUGAUAUGCGUCCCGUGCGCGGUAUCCCACGUCGGAAGGGUGCCCACGACGGAGACUCUACUGAACUGGAGGAUAGCUCUGAUGGAGAAAGACGUCCUGCCUCUGCAGGGAAAACCUCUGUUCGUCGGUCCCAACCGACGACUGCUCGAGACCCUGCGCUGGCUGCAGUGGCUAAAUCUCGUGGCAUGACGGAGGAGGAACUGCAGCAAAUGCUUAAUCGUGGGUCAAGUCGCAAACCUAACCUUCUCAAUCGCUUGAGUAUGAGAAAGUCAAAACCGCUCACCCAACGCGGAAAGUCGCAACCGCCAGGACUUCUUCCGAAUGGUUCAAUUCCGGAGCAUUCCCCGAUGGAGGCUCAAAGCCCACAGGUUACAAAUGGCACCCACAAAAGUGUGGGGAGUCCCUCCAGACUCCUGAAGAAGUCUCAGCAAAAGUCACCGUCUGGCGAUACGACCACUUGGCCUCUCGGUUCCGAAAAUGGUGGCCCUGUUGACUCUGGCAUUGGAUCAAUGUCGGCACCAUCCACAUCCCAACAACCCUUACAGCCUCAAGCUCCCGAUGGAGGUGCAGUAAACGGCAGCAAAGCUAUCUCGACUGAUUUGCACCCAUCGCAAGGCCAGGAACCACCGGCUACAGGGACUAAUCGUGCAUCUGACGUGGUCAUUGAAGGAUCUGGUCGCAAAAAGCGAUUCUCGCGACUAAAGAAAGCAUUUGGCAUUAAAGGGUAA